CUUUAGGGACUGUUCUCUUCAGUGUCCGGAGGCUGCACUGCAGCGCGGCGGCUCGGGCGGGCGGCUUCUGGCGGCUGCAGCAAGGCUGGGCUGCCAACCCCUCGGGCUACGGGCCCCUUACGGAGCUUCCGGACUGGUCUUACGCGGAUGGUCGGCCUGCUCCUCCAAUGAAAGGCCAGCUUCGAAGAAAAACCGAAAGGGAGAAGUUUGCUAGACGAGUGGUAUUGCUCUCACAGGAAAUGGAAGCUGGAUUAAAGGCAUGGCAGCUCAGGCAGCAGCAGAAAUUGCAGGAAGAAGAAAGGAAACAGAAAAAUGCUCUUAAACCCAAAGGGGCUUCACUACAGAGCCCACGUCCAAGUCAAUAAAAAGUAACUUGCCUUUUCUCCCAC